GACGUAGCAGUCCCCCGUCAGAUUGUGUUGAUGUUUUGUGGACCGGACGGCAGGAGAACGGGAAGAGCGCUCUGUUUUUGUUCAACCAAGCCGUCUAAAAGGAGCCGAGCCGUUGUUUCUGUCGUCGGUUCCGGUUCGUUAGGGGCUUACGGUCGGUGAUCGGUCCCGAGCGGCCGGACCGGAGGGUCGAAAACACCGCAGCAUUUGAUCCAGAAAGGGAGGACUCGUCACCCUCUGACCCCCUCCCUGCCUCCCUCCCUCCCUCUCUCUCUCUCUCUCUCUCACACACACACACACACACACACACACCACCAUGACGAUUCUCCCCAAGAAGAAGCCCAGCUCCGGGGUCGGCGUCUCGGACCACACCGAUGACAGCGACCGUCGGAGCGGCUCGGACCCGCACCAACACCCGCACGCGGGGCGGAGCGGAGCCCGAUCGAGGGCUUCGCCCCCGCCGUGGUCCUACCAGCCCGCUCCGCCCUCCGCUAGGGACGACCGGCGGAGCAUCGAGGCGAGCUCCCGGCCGCAGCAGGCCUCUCCACCGCCCGUCGGCUCAGCGUCCCCGGCGGGACCGGGGGACGGGCGGGACGGCAGCGGCGGAAUGGGGGCUGGAUCCCGCGGGGAGAUCGUCGUGUCGGCCGGAGUCGUCGGCUGCAGCGGAGGCAUCGGCAGCUGCUGCUCCGGGCCCGGACUCAGCAAGAGGCGGCGGCAGGCGGGCACCUGCUCCGGCGGGGUGGCGGCCGCUCUGGCCGGCGGAGGCCAGCCCGGGGUCACCGGACCCGGAGGAGGCUCCAGCCAGGACACGGAAGAAGGAGCCGGGAACAACAGCGAGGACGAGUACGAGAACGCGGCCCGGCUGCAGUCCGUGGACCCGGCUACGGUGGAGCAGCAGGAGCACUGGUUCGAAAAAGCUCUGCGGGAAAAGAACGGCUUCGUCAUCAAGAAGAUGAAGGAGGACGGAGCGUGUCUGUUCCGAGCUGUCGCUGACCAGGUCUACGGAGACCAGGACAUGCAUGAAGUGGUUCGGAAGCACUGUAUGGACUAUCUGAUGAAGAACGCAGACUACUUCUCCAACUAUGUGACGGAGGACUUCACCACAUACAUCAACAGGAAGAGGAAAAACAAUUGCCAUGGCAACCACAUUGAGAUGCAGGCGAUGGCUGAGAUGUACAACCGGCCAGUGGAGGUGUACCAGGACAGUACAGAGCCAAUCAACACGUUCCACGGCAUCCACCAGAACAACGACGAGCCAAUCAGAGUGAGCUACCACCGCAACAUCCACUACAACUCUGUGGUGAACCCCAACAAGGCCACCAUCGGGGUCGGACUGGGACUGCCCGCCUUCAAACCCGGGUACGCCGAGCAGACGCUGAUGAAGUCGGCCAUCAAGACGUCGGAGGAGUCAUGGAUCGAGCAGCAGAUGCUGGAGGACAAGAAGAGGGCCACCGACUGGGUUGCUCACUUGUCUCCUCCUCCUCCUCACUCGUCUCCUCCUCCUCCUCCUCUUCCUCACCCGUCUCCUCUUGUUGCUCACUUGUCUCUUCCUCCUCUUCCUCACUCGUCUCCUCCUCUCUUACAGCCUCGUAAGGCUAGUGCUACCUGCAGCUCGGCGACGGCGGCGGCCUCCAGCGGGCCUGAUGACUGGAGUGGCCGGUCGCCGCGGCAACGUGACUCUGAUCCCUCCCACUCUGAGCUCCCGGGCGCUCCCUCGACAAACAACAAGCCCCCCUCCCCCGCCGGAGCCGCCCUCAUUCUCAACAAGCCCCCCUCCCCAUGCGCGCCAGGUCCCAGUAAUCCGAGUCGUCAUCAUUUGGAGUACAGAGCCAUCAUGCAGGAGAUGUCACCUACAGCAUUUGGUCUGACCGACUGGGAGGACGAUGAGAUCCUGGCCUCGGUCUUGGCGGUCUCCCAGCAGGAGUACCUGGACAACAUGAAGCACCAAAGCUCCGCCUCCAUGCAUCGAGAAAGAGAGCCGUCACCGGACAGCAGCUGAUAGCCGACUGACAGACACACAUGCAACGAUGACCUUUGACCCCCCCCCCCCCUUUCCUCACUGCUGAGAAGGAGAACGACCAUGGACAAAAUAAAACAUCAAACAAAAAGAUGCACACUCGUUUUUUUCAGCAGGCGUUUCAACUUAUCCUUUCAUCCCUCAGCUCCUCUCCCCUCUUCGUCACCUCUCAUACCCCCUUCCAGCAUUACCACCCCGUCCCGCCACCUUUCUAUUACAACCCACAUAGAGCUCAGCCCUAAUGCUGAUUUGGGAUCAGUUGUGAUUCAAGCUUUUAUUUUGAAAUACACUGACACCACUUUUAAAUUUGAAUAUCAGUGUUUUGGUGUCUGUUAGCUCUGAGACUCUCCGGACCAUUGGUUUCAAUGAGGAAUGCUAAUCUGAGUUUAGCGAGCUAGCUAUCACCUCAAGUCUAAUCUGUUUUAAAGCUAAUUACCGCUAACAGCGCUUACCAGUUAGCUCAGCUAGCCUCGUAGCUUCCACCAGCGGCCAUCUUUGUCGAACAGCACACCCACCUUCAUGGUCUGUAACAGGUGCCCCCCUCUCCUCGUUGUCUGCCUCCUCACCCCCCCCACCCUCCCAUCAUCAUCAUCAUCAUCAUCAGACUUAUUUAGCUGCAUGUUUAAUCGACCAUGGCCAAUAUUGUCAUAGAAAGCGACAAAAAAGGUGAUAAAUGUGAGAAUUGUCAUACUUAUCUCAAUGAUUGAUUAUUGUUGUUGUUAUUAUUAAUAAUAUAAGUUUGUUCUAUUUUAUUUUAUCGUUUGGGAUGAAAAUACCUUUUUUUCUUGGAAUAAAAAGAGGAAAAAUGUUUCUGAAGAAAA